GUGAGACACCAUAGCCCUAGAACAAACCAAAAGAUGUAUCUUUUCACUGUAAUCUCUGUCAACCUUUAAAAAGUAAACAUAUGCACUCGACUAAGCUGAACAAACCUAAAAAGGGGAUCUAUUUUUGACGCCGUAUUGCUCUAAAGAGGAGGUUCAUCUCAUACACCAGUCCGUGUGACUUCCUUCCUUUGCCAUAACAAACAUACCACAUGGGUGAAGUUCUGUCUAUUCGUAUGUCCACGAACAGUUCGCUGACACAUUUAUAUCGCUGUUUAACCGUGUAAACGCAUCUAAUAUGGGGAAAAAGAAGGCUCACGGAGAAGGCUCAGGGUUAGGGAGAGCUUUAAUAAAGGAGAGACUGAACGCAGGCCGCGGAUACAGGAGAAAUGACACAUGGCUGCACACCAGCGAGCUGAAUGAUGGAUAUGAUUGGGGUCGACUAAACCUACAGUCUGUCACAGAGCAGAGCUCUCUGGAUGACUUUCUUGCCACGGCUGAACUCGCUGGAACUGAAUUUGUUGCAGAGAAAAUGAACAUCAAAUUUGUCCCAGCUGAAGCGAGGGCUGGCUUGCUCUCCGCUGAGGAGUCCAGACGACUGAAGAAACUCCAUGAGGAAAACAAAGAGCUCUUGCGAAUCCCCCGAAGGCCUCCUUGGGACGAGAACACAAGCUCUGAGGUUCUACAGCAAACCGAGAGGGACAGUUUCCUUAUAUGGAGAAGAGAACUGGCACGGUUGGAAGAGGAACAAAAGAUGAUUCUUACCCCUUUUGAGAGGAAUCUCGAUUUCUGGAGGCAACUCUGGAGAGUUAUUGAGAGGAGUGAUGUUGUGGUUCAAAUUGUUGAUGCCAGAAACCCGCUUCUCUUCCGGUGUCCAGAUCUGGAAAAAUAUGUAAAAGAGGUCUCUAUUCACAAAGUAAACAUGCUUCUGCUGAACAAAGCUGACCUGCUCACUAGAGAACAGCGGCGAGCUUGGGCCAGAUACUUCCAGAAAGAGGGAAUCAGAGCAGUGUUCUGGUCUGCUUUAGCUGAGGCUCAACGACUCGAGGCUGAGGAGAAGGGAGAAGAGCUGAUGGACCAGGAGGAUCAGAGUGAUACUGAACUGGAAGCAGCCUCCAAAAAUGCCACAGAUCAUCAUGAGGAAAAUAGCACGACACCAAAUGAAAAGAAAGAUGAGAGUGAGCAGGAUGAAGAAGAAGAAGGUGGAGUCUGUGUUGAUGAGAAAGAAUGGCAGACAUGCUCUGAGGAAUCAGGAGACGAAGAUCAUGCUGUGGAGAACCCAGGGUCCGCAGAGGCUUUUUACAACUCGAGCCGUUUGUUACGUAAAAAUGAGCUGCUGGAGAUUUUUAAGUCUGUGCAUUCUGGGCUGACAUGCAAAGAUGGACAAAUCACAGUUGGAUUGGUUGGAUAUCCUAAUGUUGGAAAAAGCUCCACCAUCAACACCAUCAUGAGGAAUAAGAAAGUCUCAGUUUCAGCUACACCCGGACACACAAAGCAUUUUCAGACUCUGUUUGUUGAGCCUGGUCUCUGCCUGUGUGAUUGUCCUGGACUGGUCAUGCCAUCUUUUGUGUCCACCAAAGCCGAGAUGAUUUGCUCUGGGAUCCUACCUAUCGAUCAGUUAAGAGAUCAUGUUCCAGCCAUCUCUUUGGUAUGUCAGACUAUCCCUCGAACUGUUUUGGAGGGGACCUACGGUAUCAACAUCAUCAGACCGAGGGAAGACGAAGACCCUGAUCGAGUGCCUACCUAUGAGGAGCUGCUAAUGGCAUAUGGAUAUAUGAGAGGCUUCAUGACGGCACACGGCCAGCCAGACCAGUCAAGAUCAGCCCGUUAUGUUUUGAAAGACUAUGUCAGUGGAAAACUCCUUUACUGCCACCCUCCACCCCACAUUGACCCCAAAGACUUCCAGCCUCAGCACGCCAGGUUUGCCAUGCAGACUGAAGAUGCCGAACAGAUUUCUAGCAAUGCCAACAAUCCAUCGAAAGUCAAACGCAUAGAGAACACAGUGGAUAAAAGUUUCUUUCAUCAAGAAAAUGUGCGAGCGCUGACCAAGGGUGUGCAGAUGGUGAUGGGUUAUAAGCCUGGAAGUGGUCCUGUUGGGCCUGCAAAUGCAAACACACAACAACAGGCUGGGAAACCCUGGAAAAAACAUGGGAACCGGAACAAGAAGGAGAAAGUGAGAAGACUCAACAAACAUCUGGAUGCGUGAUCCCUGUUCUAAUCAAUCUGCAAGCGCAACCUCAAAGAUGUCUGGAUUUCUUACACUCUUUAAUGCAAAGACUCUUUAAUGAAUUUUCACAUUUCACCAUACAUUGAAGUGAUUGAUGAUUGCUGCUGGACAUUCCUCUUUGUUUGAAAUAUCGUCACUUAUAAUAAAGAAAUUGUCACUAUUUUAUCAGUG